AUGCAACCGCACAAGCAGCAAAUAGCUUGCGAUGUAAACAAACAAUCUCUCGGUUCCCGUUGCGGUUGCAGCUUCGAGCUAGGACUGGAGAAGGCUGUCCAAAACGCUGCCGGUUACAUCAAGCGGUCCACCGCGUCCCUCAUCGAUAACGGGCUGCUGACGGGCUACUUUGUUGCGAUCAGCACCAUGUCUGCCGAAGGCCGCAGCUUGUCUCUGGUCGACGCGCGCCGACUCGAAGAAGGGGGACACGUUCACACCCAGGAGCUCAGCGUGAGGAACAACACGACCGGUGAGACGUGCAACAUUGUGCGCACGUGGAUUCGUGUGCCGAUGACCAGCUCCGACGUGGGGCGGCUGGGGCGGCGUCUCGCCGAAUGACAGCGGCCGAAAGGAAAAUGGUCGUCCCUCUUGACGACUUCCUCUCCGUUACUUUCUGCCCCUCCUUCCUAUUCUCCGUGCGAGGGAUAUAACUGACCUGUUUGCGUGGUGGGGUUGUUUUUACGAGUCAAAUGCGUCGCUGCUGUUGUCGGUGAAUAAGAUCGUUUGGCACGUGUAUGCGCGUCGUAAGGAAUGAAACACGAAGAUGUGUGACCGCGUGUUGUGGUUCCUCUGUGUGAAUGUUGGUGGACGUGGUGUGAUCAUUGUUUACUACAAAGUCUACUGUCCGAAGCAUAUGUUAAAGGCUAUAGUGAAAGCUCGUUUUUGUUGACAGCAUGAUCCCUCCUUGUGAUUUGUUGUUCUUCCCCCUCGAUUCCACGCAAUGGUGUUGUUGUUGUAGUUGUUAAUUUUGUUGUUGUCGCCUUAACCUAGUAAUCGGCUUUUACCCAGUGAGUCUUUCUUUGUCCUCAAGGCAAAGAAAUGUCUAAGCUAACCCAUACAGCAGUAUUGGUCAGCCUGGCGCCUGGCUUGUUUCUUUACGGGUGGGUACGAUCAUCCCUCUCGCUAUGAGUGCUCCUCCUAUGUCGUCCUUAUGCGUACCCACGCGUGCGUACAGCCAUUCGUUCCUACCUAGGCUGACCCCCAUCAGCCUGUGCUGCUGCUCACGCAGCCGGUGGCAAUUCGAGGGCCUUAAGGUUUAGUAGUCCCCAUGCAGACGCAAGAAUUCUGCUUAGUUGUGUGUUUAGUACCCUGAUGUGAGGACCUUCGUGUAGUCACGUGCCAGUUAGACCAAGGAUUCCCGCUCUGUUGGCGUGGCGAAGGCUCGCGCGUAUGCUGUGUUGUGAUGUGGUCUACGGGUGAAGUAAGAGAACCCUCAAGACGGGCUACGGUGUUUUAGUGUGGUUGGUGUAUGAGUAUGUUCAGAGGACUCUGAGCGGGCCUCGGCCCGUCUGCCGUGGGCCUUAGCCAGGAAUAAAAAAUCCGAAUGUGUGUCAUCGGUGGUUCUGACUUAGUAGGCUGCAACUGAAACAGAGGGGAAUUGUUGGGGCGAUGCUCGCGUCACGAGUCUGAACCUUGCCAACAAUCGACAAGGCUGUACAUCUGGC